AUGACCAAGGUUCAAGCAAACGUUGCGAGCUCGCGCCGCAAGUCGCGUAAGGCGCACUUCAGCGCUCCCAGCAGCGUCCGCCGCAUCAUCAUGUCGGCGCCGCUCAGCAAGGAGCUCCGCGAGAAGCACAACGUGAAGAGCAUCCCGAUCCGAAAAGACGACGAGAUCAUGAUCGUGCGCGGAACCAACAAGGGUCGUGAGGGCAAGGUCACCUCCGUCUACCGUCUCAAAUACGCCCUUCACAUCAACGGUGUCGUCCGCGAGAAGAGCAACGGCCAGUCCGUCCCGAUCCCCAUUGCUGCCUCCAAGGUUGUCGUCACCAAGCUCAAGCUCGACAAGGACCGUGAGAACAUCCUGGAGAGGAUAAGCCAGGGCCGCGAGGCGCAGAAGAAGAAGUCGGAGGCAUAG